UUAAGAGAGGAAAAGGUUAGUCUUGACUUUGCCUGGAAACUUAUAAAACUUCAGAAAGAGAGAUGUGGAACAACUGAAGGCCUGAGCAGCCAAAAAUGAGCUGUAGCAGAAACACCUCUUUUGAAUAUCUGAAAGAGGAGGAAAUUGAGCCACUCAUCCAUUUUGACAAGAUGCCCGGUGGACAAGUGGAAGGAAUCGUGCCAUCCCAGCAUCCUCUGCUUCCUAACACCCUGCACCAGUUUGUGGGCCUGGACUUCCCCCUGGACCAUCUCCUGGAGCAGCUGAGGCCUGGCCUGAAAAUCAGGCAGCAGGUGGCUGAGCUGGAAACCCGCCAGAAGACCUUGGAGAACAUUGUCUCGGUUCUGAGCCGGGAGCUGGGCAGAAAAGAAGAGGCCCCUGACGUCAGGGUUGGAGAAGCUCUGGCCAGGAUCCUCUACCUGGAGGAGAGAAUAGAACAGCAAGAUUCACUCUUGGCUCUGAAAGAUGUGAUGAUCAGCGGCUUGGUGUCCCGGAUCCAGGCCCUGGAACAUACCAGCUAUGAUGGCUGUUUGCUCUGGAAGGUCCGCAGAGUGGGGCUUCAAAUGCGGGAAGCUCAAACCGGCAAACGGACUGCUCUUUAUUCCCCCCCAUUUUAUACCACCCGUUAUGGCUACAAGCUUUGCCUGAAGCUUUUCCUGAACGGAGAUGGAACCGGUACUGGAACUCACCUUUCACUCUUCCUGGUUGUGAUGAAAGGAGAAUACGAUUUCCAGCUGAAGUGGCCUUUCCAACAUAAGGUGACCUUCACUUUGUUGGAUCAAGUCAACAAUCGUCACGUUUCCACCUCCUUCCUUUCCUUGGAGUCCUCGUCUUCAUUCCAGCGGCCCAUCAGCGAAACCAACCUGGCCAGCGGCCUCCCAGAAUUCCACCCCUUGAACUCACUACACGAACCAGGGACUGGCUACAUCCAUAAUGACACAUUAGCCAUUCAAGCUGUGAUCCACACAAAGGCUUAAAACUAUUGGGCAACCUUUAUCUCAGAUGAGGAGACCAAACUAACCACAGUUGCUCCGACAUGAUGGAAGGCUCCAGAAUAUCUGUCAAAAGACAGUGCACACAGCUGCAUUUAUUUUUCCAAUCUCUACUCAAUAAGGCUGCAAUUGAAGAAACUCUUGUGGAGCUUACUCAACCCUUUCCCUAUCACCCAUACAACAGCCCAGAGGUUGAAGGACUCCCUAAAGUCUGGGUUCCUGAUGCAAAUUUGAAUCCAUUAACUUAUUCUAAGAUCUGCAUACCACAACGGGGUGGUUAUGCAGAAUCCAAAAUAUUCUGUCAAGAGUGAAAAGGAGAUAUAAACCUAAGGUUUUCUACUACAAACCCAUUUCUAGUGUUUGGAAAGGUAAAACUAUUAUCUCUUCACAUCCUUGCCAGAAGAGUUGGACCUAUUGCUAUUUUAUUGACCGUUAAAUAUAUUUGUCUUAUUUCUUAUUACGUAUUGGUCUUGUUUUUAUUUUUAUUUUGUUAUUACAGGUAGUCCUCAACUUAUAACCACUACUGAGCCCAAAAUUGAUGUUGUUAAGUAAGACAUUUGUUAUGUGAGCUUUGUUGUCAGGGUUCCAACGGAUGCCCUAAUUAAUUCAUGAGCCUCGAGCCAAGUUUCAAAAGAAAUCCAAUUAUUUAUUAGGAGCAAAUGCCGGCACUUUUCCCAAGUGCAAUUGGCUCUGCCCCAUGUAAUUUACUGCCCACCGACUGUAUGGCCCUGUUUCCCCCCCCCUCCUCCCAGGGUGUGUCAUAAAUCACAUUCUCCAACAGAGUGGGCUACAGAAAACACACCUCUCCGGCUUGCUCUAGUAACCUGGGAUACAACCUGGAGAAAGAUAUGCGUGGAAUGUGCUUCUGGUCAUAGCAACCG